AUGGCCUCGAACAAUCUCGCUGCCAGUGACUCGGCUGAGCAUGUCGAGAGCGAAAUGGCCUCUAUCAUAAGCCCUCAGGAGCGACGCCGUGAAGCACUUGCGCGUAUUGAUGAUGCCAAAUUCGGCUGGCACCAUGUGCGAGCAGUUGUCGUGGCUGGAGUCGGCUUCUUUACUGACUCCUACGACAUCUUCGCCAUCAACCUCGUUGUCGGCAUGCUAGGUGUGGUCUACUGGCAGGGCGCCCACUCGAGCUCUGGAAAGAUCCCUUCCAGCUCGGAUACAGCCAUCAAGGUGGCUACGUCUGGCGGCACCGUCAUUGGUCAGCUUUUUUCGGAUGGCUGGCCGAUCGAAUUGGUCGCAAGCGCAUCUCUUACCUCAUCAUCCCCAGGCAUGUCCAUCACUGGCCUGCUCAUUUUCUGGCGUGUGAUCAUGGGUAUUGGGAUUGGUGGUGACUAUCCCCUUUCUUCUAUCAUUACCUCAGAGUUUGCUACUACCAAAUGGCGUGGCGCCAUGAUGGGAGCCGUGUUUGCUAUGCAGGGCAUUGGCCAGUUUGCUGCUGCCAUUGUUGCACUGAUUGUUACCGCUGGUUUCCGUGAGUCGCUUGAAUCAGCCAAAGAUGUUGCCCACUGUACGGGUGUUUGUCUGUUAGCAGUGGACAAGAUGUGGCGCACAGUCAUCGGCUUCGGUGCUGUCCCUGCCUGUGCUGCACUCUACUACCGGAUGACCAUCCCUGAGACCCCGCGCUAUACCUUUGAUGUUGAGCGAGAUAUCAUUAAGGCUGACGAGGAUAUCCGUGCUUACAUCAAGGGUCACCCAGAGGGGCAUCCUGAUGAAAUCCAACGCAUUCGUGUUCUGCGCAACGAAAGCAUUGAGUUUCUCGCACCAAAGGCAAGCUGGUCUGACUUCUGGCACCACUUUGGUAACUGGAAGAACGGAAGUGUGCUUCUCGGUACUGCUGGAUCUUGGUUCUUCCUGGAUAUUGCUUUCUACGGCCUCGGGUUAAACAACUCCAUCAUUCUUAGUGCUAUCGGUUGGACCGGUGGCAAGAAUGUCUACGAAACCUUUUACCGAAAUGCUGUAGGCAACUUGAUUCUCAUCGUUGCCGGUGCAAUUCCUGGAUACUGGGUAACUGUGGCCACUGUGGACACCAUUGGCCGCAAACCGAUCCAAAUUGCCGGCUUCGCCAUCUUGACCAUCCUUUUCUUCGUGAUCGGUGGUGCCUACAAUCAAUUGAAGCACUCGCACAAUGGCCUCCUUGGACUGUACAUUCUAGCCCAGUUCUUCUUCAACUUUGGCCCGAACGCAACAACCUUCAUUGUCCCGGGUGAAUGCUUCCCCACUCGCUACCGAUCCACGUCUCACGGUGUCAGCGCAGCAUCCGGAAAGGUGGGUGCCAUCAUCGCACAGUGUGUCUUCGGACCCUUGGUGCACAGGGGUGCAAAGGCUGGGUCUUCCGAUUCCCCGUGGCUGAAUCACGUCAUGGAGAUUUUUGGCGGGUUCAUGUUCUGUGGCCUCCUGACCUCGCUCUUGAUACCAGAGACCAAGCGUUUGACCCUGGAGCAGCUGUCUGGCGAACACCACGUGGAUCCCCAGCAAGACCAAACCCAGGAUCAAGAAAAGACAAACGAGAAUUCCACACCCAAGGAGCCUGCCACUACUACUCUUCAGGGUGGAAGUUAA